AUGGCCACGUCCGAGAACGUCGAGGAUUACGCUAAGCCGUUCUGCAACUUCCUUACCGACAACCCUACCGUCUUCCACGCUGUCGACAGUAUGGCUCAAGACCUCAAGCACGAUGGCUUUACCAAGCUGAGCGAAAGAGAUUCAUGGCGUAUUGAGCCCGGUGGCAAAUACUUCGUCGAGCGUAACGGCAGCAGUCUGAUCGCCUUUGUCGUUGGUGAUGACUACAAGGCUGGCAACGGUGCUGCUGUCCUCGCCGGACACGUCGACGCCCUGACUGCCAAGCUGAAGCCUGUUAGCAAGAUCCCCAACAAGGCUGGCUACGUCGAGCUCGGUGUUGCUCCCUACGCCGGUGGUCUUGGUCCUACCUGGUGGGACCGUGACUUGUCAAUUGGUGGUCGUGUUCUGGUCAAGGAAGGAAGCAAGAUUGUCACAAAGCUCGUCAAGCUCGGCUGGCCCAUUGCUAAGAUCCCUACUCUGGCUCCUCACUUUGGUGCCCCUGCCAACGGCCCCUUCAACCUCGAGACACAGGUCGUUCCUAUCAUCGGUCUCGAGUCGUCAGCAAAGAACCAGAUCGAGCCUCAAGCAAAGGCUGGCUCGUUCGCCGCCACUCAGCCUCCUCGUCUUGUUCGCGCUAUCGCCAAAGAGCUUGGUGUCAGUGACGCCUCAAACAUCGUCAACUGGGAGCUCGAGCUGUACGACAUUCAACCCGCCACCCUCGCUGGUCUCGACAAGGAGUUCAUCACCGCUGGCCGUAUCGAUGACAAGCUUUGCAGUUGGGCCGCCCUCGAGGCAUUGAAGCAGAGCGCCCGCAACGGCACUUCCGGCUCUGGCAUCAUCAAGAUUGUCGGUCUCUUCGACGACGAGGAAAUCGGCAGUGGCUUGAGACAAGGUGCUCGCGGCAACUUCCUGCCCAUCGUCAUGGAGCGCGCAGUCGGUAGCCUCGCAGGUCAACACCCUGCUUCUGAUCUCAUGGGCCGCACAUAUGCAAACUCUUUCCUCGUGUCUUCAGAUGUCACUCACGCUGUCAACCCCAACUUCGAAAGCGUAUACCUCGGUAACCAUGCUCCUGAACUGAACGUUGGUGUCGUUGUAUCAGCAGACAGCAACGGUCACAUGACCACUGACGGUGUAUCCACUGCCAUCUUCACUCGCUGCGCUGAGAAGGUCAACGCUACCCUUCAAGUCUUCCAGAUCAGAAACGACUCCAGAUCAGGCGGUACCGUCGGCCCUAUGCUCAGUUGCGCUACUGGUAUGCGUGCCAUUGACGCUGGUAUUCCUCAAUUGAGCAUGCACAGCAUCCGCGCCACAACUGGCACAUCAGACCCCGGUCUUGGUGUGCAGAUGUUCCAAGGUUUCCUUGACGGCUUCGAGGCCGUUGAUGCUGAAUUCAGAGAUUAA